UGGCGGGUUCACUGAAAAUUGCAAGGAGCAAUUCUGGGCUCUGAGUUGCACGGUCAUGGGUUGCUGCUAUAGUGCGAGGAUGAAAUCUGAAAACCCUUCAUGCAAUGUUGUGAAUGUAACCCAUGAUAGCAAGCAAGAAGAUGGUUUGAUUGGUGGAAGCAACAAGGUCUCCCAAUUGAAAAUUUUCAAAUACGAUGAGCUAAAAACAGCUACAAGGAUCUUUCAUCCCCACAAUAUGGUUGGCGAAGGUGGAUCUGGUAAGGUAUUUAAGGGGUGGCUUGAUGAGCAGACGCUUGCACCUGCUAAACCGGGCACUGGGAUUGCCAUUGCUGUGAAGAAGCUUAACCAAGAUGCCUUCCAAGGGCACAAGGAAUCGUUGGUGAAGACAGAGAUUAAUGUUCAGGGACAGCUGCAUCAUCCUAACAUUGUGAAAUUGCUUGGCUGCUGCUUAGAGGAUGACCAUCGGCUUUUGGUACAUGAGUUUUUGACCAAACGUAGCUUGGAAUAUCAUUUAUCUCCAAGGAUAUCUCAUGUCGAACCACUUUCUUGGAGCAACCGUAAGAAAAUUGCCCUUGAUGCUGCCAAGGCUCUUGCAUUUCUUCAUAGCGAUGAAGUAAAUGUGAUAUAUCGAGAUUUAAAAGCUUCUCAUAUCUUGCUUGAUUCAAACUUCAAUGCAAAGCUAUCUGAUUCUUGUUUGGCAAAGGAUGGGUCAUUGGAUGAUGAGAGCCAUUGCUGGGCCACGGGAACCCAUAUCUAUGCUGCUCCUGAGUAUACAGCCACAGGUCGCCUAAUCAAGAAGUGUGAUGUAUACAGUUUUGGGGUUGUUCUGCUUGAAAUUCUGUCAGGCAAACGUGCAUUUGACAGAAGCAGGCUAGCCGGGGAACAGAAUUUAGUUGCAUGGGCGAAGCAGUACUUUCCGAGCAAAUGCUGGUUUUUCCAAGUUAUGGAUGCUCGUAUCAAAGGCCAGUACCUGGUACACGAAGCCAUGAAAGUGGCCAAAAUCGCGAUUCAAUGCCUGUCUGAUAAGCCCCAGUUCAGACCGACCAUGGCUGAUGUGGUAGGAGCAUUGGAACUGGUUCAGGAUUCCAGUGAUACAGGUAGCUCAAGCAGAAGCAAUGAUAGCGUCCCUAAACAACAUCAGAGAAGUACUAAUGAAUCUUUGAAUGAGGCUGGUACUUAUUAG